UCAGAGACGAAGACUUGCCCUCCACCACCACCCCCACCUCCCUACGCGGCGGCUGGGUGCUCUUGGGCUCCCUGGCCGUUGGCUGGAAGUGGGUGUCUCGAGAAGGCUAGAAAAGAGGGGCCCGCCGCCGACCACGUGUGCGUGGGGGCGACAACUCGGCCGAGAGUGGGUCACAGCUCGCAGGUCACGGCUCUGCUCCUGGCGCAGGGGACACAGGGCACUGCGUCGCGGCCUCUCCCUGCAGCGCGGCGCUCCCGCCCUACUCGCGGUCCCCAUCGGCAGGCAGGCGCUAAGACCCAGGAGGCGCCGCUCGCCGUCGCCAGUGGUCAGACACUAGAGGGCGAUCGAUGGCCACCCUGGUAUAAAUGCGGGGCCCGCGCGGGCCUGGCCAUUCGCGACCCGGAGCUGCUCGGGCGCAAGCUAGCAGGGGCUCUUGGUGGGCGGCGGCGGCAGCGGCUCCCCGCGCAGCCUGGAGGCCGCCGAGGCUCGCCAUGCCGGGAGGACUCUAGCUCCCCCAUGGAGUCGGCCGACUUCUACGAGACGGAGCCGCGGCCCCCGAUGAGCAGCCACCUCCAGAGCCCCCAGCACGCGCCCAGCAUUGCCGCCUUCGGCUUCCCCCGGGGCGCGGGCUCCGCGCAGCCCCCCGCCCCACCUGCCGCCCCGGAGCCACUGGGCGGCAUCUGCGAACACGAGACGUCCAUCGACAUCAGCGCCUAUAUCGACCCGGCCGCCUUCAACGACGAGUUCCUGGCCGACCUGUUCCAGCACAGCCGGCAGCAAGAGAAGGCCAAGGCGGCCGCGGCCCCCGCGGGAGGAGGCGGCGGCGGCGACUUUGACUACCCGGGUGCCCCACUGGGCCCCGGCGGCGCCGUUAUGCCCGGGGGGGUGCAUGGCCCCGCUCCCGGCUACGGCUGCACGGCGGCCGGCUACCUGGACGGCAGGCUGGAGCCCCUGUACGAGCGCGUCGGGGCGCCAGCGCUGCGGCCGCUGGUAAUCAAGCAGGAACCGCGCGAGGAGGACGAGGCAAAGCAGCUGGCGCUGGCCGGCCUCUUCCCCUACCAGCCGCCGCCGCCGCCGCCACCCCACCCGCACCCGCCGCCCGCGCACCUGGGUGCCCCGCACUUGCAGUUUCAGAUCGCGCACUGCGGCCAGACCACCAUGCACCUGCAGCCCGGCCACCCCACGCCGCCGCCCACGCCGGUGCCCAGCCCUCACCCAACCCCCGCGCUUGGCGCCUCUGGCCUGCCGGGCCCCGGCGGCGCGCUCAAGGGGCUGUCCGCUGCGCACCCCGACCUCCGCGCGGGGGGCGGCGGCGGCGGCGGCGGCGGUGGCGGCGCCGGCAAAGCCAAGAAGUCGGUGGACAAGAACAGCAACGAGUACCGGGUGCGGCGCGAACGAAACAACAUCGCGGUGCGCAAGAGCCGGGACAAGGCGAAGCAGCGCAACGUGGAGACGCAGCAGAAGGUACUGGAGCUGACCAGUGACAAUGACCGCCUGCGCAAGCGGGUGGAACAGCUGAGCCGCGAACUGGACACGCUGCGGGGUAUCUUCCGCCAACUGCCCGAGAGCUCCCUGGUCAAGGCCAUGGGCAACUGCGCGUGAGGCGCGCCGCGGCGGGACCGCCCUGGGCCGGCCCUUGGCUGGGACCCAGAGAGUGGUUUCGGGUCUCUGGAUCUCAAGACUGCCCGAACCGCGAAAGCCAGGACUAGGAGAUUCCGAUGCCAUAUGAAAGCCUGCCCUGUGGAGCAUGCCCCUUGCCUUCUUCUGCGUGGGACACGGUGCGUCUAAGAUGAGGGGUCAGGCAGUGGUUUCUCCCUGCAAGAAAGGAGAAGCGCCGUGGGGCCAGCCGCCGGGGAGCCUGGCAACUCUAGUAUUAAGGAAUAACCUUGUGCCUUGAAAAUGCAAACUCACCGCUCCAAUUCCUACCAAGUAGGGAGAGCAAAUAUGUGCCUUGUCAUUUUAUUUGGAGGGUUCCUGCCUCGUCCAGAGGCUGCAAGGCUACAGCAGGCCUCCAUGAGAGGAGGAGUGCAGGCCCCCAGCAGAAGGAAAGUUAAGGGAGCAGAGAUCUGACAAGCCAGCCCCAGGUUGUUCCCCUAGUUCUACAUGAAGGUGAAGGGUCUCUAGUGCCUUGCCUCUAACCUCCCAGCCUGCAACAGGUUGGGAUUCCAGGGCAGAACGCCCUGAGAUGGGGGUCACCAGGUGACCAAAGGGAGCUCCCCACCCCCAGUCCAGACCAGAAAGCUAGGUGUGGGUUAGCUAUAAGGACCUAUGUUCAUGGGAGUAGUGGUCUGGUGGAAGAGGGGAACCUAGAGGUCCGGCAGUCUGGGGGCUGGAGAAGGGGUGAAGGGACACUGGGACCUCAGCCAUGUCUGUACUGUAUGUCGCCAGCGUUGCCAUACAAACAUGAAGCACAGUCAGUCCAUCCCAGAGGGACCCGAGUUAUGAGAAGCUUUCCAAAUAUUUUGCUUUAUCAGCCGAUAUCAACACUUGUAUCUGACCUCUCUGUGUCCCAGUGGUGCCUUGUGCAAUGUGAAUGUGCACGUCUAUGCUAAACCACCAUUUUCUUUGGUUUUUGUUUUGUUUUGGUUUUGCUCAGAUACUUGCCAAAAUGAGACUCUUCGUCAGCAGCUGCAGGGAGGGUCUGUGGCUCUCUUUCCUUUUGGUUUUGGGGUUGCUUUUGCUCCCAGGGGAACCAAAGAGGCGAGGUGGGCUUUCCCUUUCCCCUCAGCUUUCCCCGGGGGUGGCUGUGGGCCUCAGUCCCCUCCAGCCCCAGGCUGCCCACAGGCUUGUCCCUGCAGAGGCCCUGGCUCCAGGUCUGGAAGGGGAGAGGCAGCCUCCAGCCAGCAGACACGGAUCCCUGGGCCUGGGAGCAGGGAAGGACGGCUUGAUUCUCUUCUUUGGGGGAGAAUGUGGAGUUUCAUGCUAGAUGUUUUAUGUAUUAUAUCUAUAAUAUAAACAUAUCAAAGUAAA